AUGGCGACUGAUAAUCUCUCUCCGGCGGGGAGUAGUACAUAUUCAUCAGAUACAAUGUAUGUUGGAGAUGGGACUUGGGAUGCUACGAAGAAUGAUUUUCUAUUACCAAAUUUGAUGGGGUUGAAUUUCGAGACAAUGAGGUAUAAUGGAAUGGGAAAUCGAUUUGCGACCAUGCCUGGAUACAAAGGAUUAAUUACAGCUCAUGGUAUACUUGCUGCCAUUACGUUUCUAUUCAUCGUACCUGCAGCGAUAUUCAUUGCGAGAUUUUAUGGUCCAGAUAUAAGGAGAGCGAUACGAUACCAUAUAUAUUUACAAAUCAUGACGGUACUUCUAUCAACAGCUAUUUUCAUACUUGGGUGGAUGGCAGUCGGUCCUGCGCGAAGUUUAACGAAUCCUCAUCACGGAAUUGGGUUGGCAAUAUAUGUAUUAAUUUGGGUACAGUUUCUAUCGGGCUGGUGGACACAUAGUUCGGCGGGGAAGCGAGUUCUGAGAAGGGUUCCUUUCAAAGCAUUCUUCCACCAAUGGAUAGGUCGCGUAACAGCACUACUUGCAAUUGCCCAAGUACCUUUAGGAUUGACUUUGUACGGAUCACCCAAAUAUCUCUUUAUACUUUUCGCUGUCUGGAUGGGUCUUCUGGUGUUGUUAUACUUCAUCCUAUCAUACAGAGCACUGCAGGCACUUCCAGAAGUAAUACGAGAAGGAAGUAGCCAUGGCGAGGUAAUUCGGGAGAGGAGGAAGAGCUCAUUUGGUGCAGGUAUACUCGGACCUUUACUUGCAGGCGCAGGAGCUGCUGCUCUGCUUGGAAAUCGAGAUCGAAAGAGGAGCAAGAGCAGGACCAGGACCAGGACCAGGAGCAGCAGUAGUCAUAGAAGCAGCAGUAGUCGCAGUCGCAGUCACAGUCACAGCAGAGUCCGGGAGGAAGUUAUACCUUCGCGCCGUGGCUCGGGAUCUCGGCGUGGCUCCGUAAGCUAUGUCCAAGAAGAGAAUCAUGAACCCAGGAAAAAGGGCGGUGGAGGUGGGAUGAAUUCAUUGUUUGCGGGUGGUGCUGCUCUCACUGCUGGCGCGCUUGCAAAGACUUUUCUCGACCGACCACGACGAACACAGAAUGGAGACGAAUAUUCCUCUGUUGCUCACGAUACUCCAGGUAGAAGGAAUCAUAGGCGUAAUGACAGCGAGUAUAGUGAAUCUACUAUUCCAAUUGAGCGAACAGGCCGUUACGAAGAUCGUAGGAGAAAUCGUCCCAUCUUACCCGGUCCCGGAAAGUCAGCAUCUGCCGCAGCUGAAGUACACCCAACGACGCCAGGGCCUGUGACUCCCGUGACUCCUCGACCAAUACGGAGUCAAGCCGGUCGAUCGCAUAGUCUUGAUUCUUUAAGUUAUUCUUACUAUGGAUCCGGUAGUACUGUUAGUCCAUCUCGAAGACCACAGGAAAAUCAUGGACUACGAAAUUCGCUGCUAGCUAGCUUGGGAAUAGGCUGGUUUAGCAAGAUGAUGAAAGAGCGGAAAGAAAAGAAGGAAAUGGAUUGGGAUCAGCGCGAUGAAGAUGAAGGACGUGAGCGAAACAGAGCUGCUCUAAUUCGCGAGAAAGAGGAAACUGUUAAACAAGAAAAAGAUCGAAUUCGCGAGAAAGAGGAAAGAAUUGCACGAAACAGAGCUUCUCGAAAUCGCGAGGUAGAGGAACUUGUUGAACGAGAAAUAGCUCGAGGUCGCGAGGAACAGGAAAGAUAUGAACGAGAAAGAGCUUCUCGACACAUUAAUCAAGGCUCACAUUUGACAAGUGACGCAUUUCCACCAAGAACUAAUCUCAAACGAAGCUCUAUAGAAUCAUCAGAACUUUCAUCGCUUGUCGACCCUCAUCCUAGACCUGUAGCAUCAGCGCCACCUCCAAUUCCUGUUAGUAUGGGUCAAUCUCGUUCCCGCCAUGAUAUCGUAACAGAACCAGUCUCAAUGCCUCCCAUGCCCGGCGACACACAUGGUAUCCUCCAUCUACCUUCCGAUAGUGAUAUAACACCAACUCCUGGUCAAAACGUCCCCCGAUCAUCGAUUCGCAGAGACGAAGGUGAGGCUGCUGCUGCUGCUGCGGUAGCCGGAGCUGCUAGUCUAGCUGCAGAAGAGGAACGUCGCCGUCAAAGAUCUCGCUCUAGAUCUGCCGUCGCAAGUCCACCUGUCAGCGUUAGAGUGAAAAUGCACGGAGACAAAGAACGCAAUGUUACUUUAAGACGACUUACAGAACAAGAAGCGGCAGCAGAACGUGCAUCGAGAAGAGCUCGAAGUGGCCAAAGACGUUCAGGAAGGGAUUCCAUAAGUGAUUUCAGUGAUGGGGAGGUUUCAUCUCGAUAUCGAAGAGAAGCAGAAAAAAGGGCGGAAAGGAGGGCAGAAUCAAUGGUGAGAGAUAAAAAUGAUGAAGCGGGCCUCCCACCACCACCCAUAGGUCCCCUAACACCACCUAAUCCUCCAUUUGCUGGAGGAAAGAAACCUAAAGACUCGGGUAACCAAUCUGGGAGACCACAAAGUUCUGGUAGACCACAGAGUUCUGGUAGGCCACAAAGCGCCGGUAACCUAGAUCCGAGUGUGGCUGGAGGGAGUGUGUUUGACGCGGGGAGGAGUAAUAUGUCAGAAGAUACUCAUGGUACAUGGAGUGCAAUGAGCCCUGAUUCCGGCACGGAUCAUGCUAGGGAAAGGAGGCAAAGGAGGAGAAUGGAGAGACAGAGGCGAAGUAUAGGGGCAGGGACGGCAGGCAAAGUUGAUUUUACUUGA